UAUUGUCUUGGUUAUUUUUUUGUGUUAUUAUUUUUUGUGUGUUGCAGAUUUUCUGAUUGGUAACUGUGAGGCACCAAUUAACCCUGUUUAGGCAAGGGGCUGCAUGGACCAGUUUCCAGUGCUCCUAUAAUAAGAACAUCUGAGUAGUCCCAUUGCAAACUGUAAAGCCUGUAUUUUUGUGUUCUGAAUUUGUAUACUUAUACAUAAUAUAGCCACACUCUGCAGUAAUUGCUAAUAAUUUGUCGAUUGGCAUAUAAAACAUGGCUAGUGCAGGAGGCGGCCCAUCAAACUCAAAUACGUCUAACUUGAGACGGCAGAACUCCAUUUCUCCGUUGGAGCAGAGCCUCAACAUGGUAAACCCUCCACCCAGCAUUGCUCCUGUCACAAUAUACCCUGGCCCUGGAGCCAGACAUGCAAACAUGGCUAAGGCUGAUUUAGAAAUUGUCCAGCGCCUACAUCAGCUGAGGGGCAGCAGCACAGCUCCCACAGAAGAUGAGAUGUGUGAGAGACUAGCUAAACUUAAAGGACUUCCUGCCGACUAUUACUCUAAGCCUUCCCCUGGCCACCCGGCCCUUGCUUCAGACAACAGGUCUGAUGCACAGAAGGCACAGGAUCUUCUCUCUCAGGCCAUGGAGGAGGUUCGGCUGGAGUCAAUUCACUCCGGCAGCACUGACGUAGACCUGGAGCAGCGGCUGGCCCGUCUUCGUAAUCAAGACCUAACAGGAGCCUCAGCUAAGCCGCUGCCUCCCACGCUGGAGAGUCCAAGCCUCCCUGUGGGGCUCGACGAUGCUCAGGAGCUUCGCGCUCUGCUGGACGAAGCAAGCGCGAGCGCGAGUGCAGAGGCAGCAGCGGCCAUGAGAUCGCUGGAGCGCGACCCUGCGCUCUGCGAUGUGGUUGCUCGCUUGAUGCGAGAGAAGCCAAGUGCGCGCAAAUCGCGACACUCGCGCCCGACCACCGCGGGCGAAGGCGGGUCGUCAUCAGACGACGACGCGCGGUACAGUGACUCGAGCGACUCGUCGCCAAGGCCCCCCGCAAGACUCAGAAAAGUGGGCGAGAGUCUCGACAAGUCUGCGGAUAUCAAAAAGUCCGCGGAUCAAAUUAACUUUGAUUAUGAUGAGGAAGUGAGUCAAAUUGUGAACAUGUACACAACUCAGGCCGCCGAGAAGAAAAAAAAGAGACGUAUGAAAAAGAAGAAGAACUUGGAUCCCUCCGCCAAAACUGGAACUGGGAAAAACAAGUCUGAUGCAAAAGAGACUCGGACAGAUUCCUCCUCAGAACUGCUCACUGAGUCUGAUCUUGAGAAGUCGUCGGACAGCGAAAAGCUCAGCGCCUCUUCAGAGUAAGCGCUCACCCUUAAAAGUCUUCGGAGUAACGCUGAGUCAACUGAGAACUCUUCGGGUAACUCAGUGUGCACUGAGAACUCUUCAGUGAAGUCUGCGUACAUUAACAGCUCUUAGGAAUAACUCUGUGUUCACUGAAAAAAUUCGUUUCUAUUUUGUGAGUCAAGAGCUCAUCUGAGCAGUGGUUUCAAAGCUGAAAAUAAAUAAUAUAACUCAGUACUCACUGCAGUGAGUGACAAA